CCUCUCUUGCCUCUCUCUCUCUCUCUCUCUCUCUCUUUCAUGCACACCCCUCCCUCUCUCUCUUGUCUUCCUACUUCUCUCUGGACAAUUCUUCUAUUACCUAUUGUGUUUCUAUUGUGGUUCUUUCCUCCCCCUAACACGGCGUCAUAUAUUCUGCAUUUCUGCAUACCCGCAUUAGUCUCCCUUCUCUUGACUGAGAAAGGGUCUCAUUGCGGCUGGGAUCCGAUCUAGAUUGCACCGAGCCUUAGGCCCUUAGCUUCUUCCCUCCGCCGUUCGCCCCCCCCCCACUUAGAUACGUCGCUUUCCCUCAGAACCCUGCUUU